AUGGUACUGGCAAACAUAACCCGAGCCGAUUUUCAACCCGACGAGCUCGACCCGACGGCCAAUCCUUUCGUCAUGCUACUCGCCGUGGUGGCACGAGAAUCGGAGAGAAUCGCCGCCGCGGAGAUCUCCACCAACCCGGCGAGUAGAAGAAAAACCCUCAGCCGGACUCUCCCUCCGGCUGAGGGUUUAACAACCAUGAUCCAAAAUCUCUCUCUCCGGCGCGGCAUUGCUCCGCCGACGCCGCCGAGACUGGUGAUACAGAAACUGCUGUUCGCCACCGACUUGAGCGCCCAGCACAACCGGUUCUCGAUCCCGAUCUCCCAAAUCGACAACGAUUUCCUCACGGAGGCGGAGAAGCAGUGCCUCCCCGGGUCGAACUACCUGGAGGUUAAGAUCAUGGCGUCGGAGAUGUCGUGGGAGACGGUGAAGCUCUCCCGGUGGGAUAUGCGGAAGGGGAGAGGCCGGAAAAUGUCGUCGAUGUACGUCAUCAAUGGUAGGUGGAAUGCUUUUGUGAGAAAGAAUAAUUUGAGUGUUGGGAUGGUUGUGCAGUUGUGGUUUUUCCGGCUUCAGGAGGAGCUGUGCUUCGCGGUCGUGCAGCUGCCCGCGCCCGCCUGA